AGAAUAUCCAGAACUUUCUUCUUUACUGCAAUGCCUUCUCCCCAGACUGUUCUUGGAAGAGAUGGCUGCAAAAAUGGACCAACAGCUCCUAAUCCCAGGAAAGGAAUUGGGUAUUAGAAAGGAAGCAGAGCCCUUUGGGAGAAGCUUUGGAGCUACGGAAGCAAGCAAACCAUUACAGAAGCCAGAGACCAGAUUCCUGCUCUUCAAAGAUGAGAACGAUCGCCUGGGCUGUCGUCUCAGACCUCAACACCCGGAAACGCUGCAGAAGUGUGGCUUCAACAGCUCCCAGCCACUUGUCAUGAUCAUUCACGGGUGGUCGGUGGAUGGCUUGCUAGAAAACUGGAUCUGGAAGAUAGUGGGUGCGCUGAAGUCCCGACAGUCCCAACCUGUGAACGUGGGGUUAGUGGACUGGAUUUCCCUGGCAUACCAACACUAUGCCGUCGCCGUUCGCAACACCCGUGUUGUGGGCCAGGACGUGGCUGCUCUUCUCCUAUGGCUGGAGGAGUCUGCGAAGUUUUCUCGGAGCAAAGUUCACCUAAUCGGGUACAGCCUGGGAGCGCACGUCUCGGGAUUCGCAGGCAGCUCCAUGGGCGGGAAGAACAAGAUUGGAAGAAUCACAGGGCUGGACCCUGCGGGCCCUAUGUUUGAGGGAACUUCCCCCAAUGAGCGCCUUUCUCCAGAUGAUGCCAAUUUUGUGGAUGCCAUUCAUACCUUUACCAGGGAGCACAUGGGUCUGAGUGUGGGCAUCAAGCAGCCCAUUGCCCACUAUGACUUCUACCCCAAUGGGGGCUCCUUCCAGCCUGGCUGCCACUUCUUGGAACUCUACAAACACAUUGCAGAGCAUGGCUUGAAUGCCAUAACCCAGACUAUCAAAUGUGCCCAUGAGCGCUCUGUGCACCUCUUCAUUGACUCCUUGCAACACAGUGACCUGCAGAGCACAGGCUUCCAGUGCAGCGACAUGGACAGCUUCAGCCAGGGUCUAUGUCUGAACUGCAAGAAGGGCCGUUGCAAUACUCUAGGCUAUGACAUCCGCAAGGAUCGGUCAGGCAAGAGCAAGAGGCUCUUCCUCAUCACCCGAGCCCAGUCUCCCUUCAAAGUUUAUCAUUACCAGUUUAAGGUCCAGUUCAUCAAUCAAAUCGAGAAGCCAGUAGAGCCUACUUUUACCAUGUCACUGCUGGGAACAAAAGGAGAAAUAAAGAAAAUUCCCAUCACCCUGGGUGAAGGAAUUACCAGCAACAAAACCUAUUCCUUCCUCAUCACACUGGACAAAGACAUCGGCGAGUUGAUCGUGCUCAAGUUCAAGUGGGAAAACAGCGCAGUGUGGGCCAACGUCUGGAACACAGUGCAGACCAUCAUGCUCUGGGGCAUAGAACCUCACCACUCGGGCCUCAUGCUAAAGACCAUCUGGGUCAAAGCUGGAGAGACACAGCAAAGAAUGACAUUUUGCCCCGAAAAUGUGGAUGAUCUCCAGCUUCACCCCACCCAGGAGAAAGUCUUUGUGAAAUGUCAAGUGAAGUCCGAAAAGACUAGAGGAAAAGAACGGAUGAGUCAAGAGACCCAUGCAAAAAAUAAAUAAACCUAUUCUUUAUCUGUAAUGGUUGUGUUAUUCAGAAGCCAAAUUACACAAACUUCAUGCAUACAUUUAAAUAAAGCUUAUGUGUAAAGAAGGGUGUGUUUUGCUGUUAUAAAUUAAGCUUUCGAACUA